AUGACGUGGCGGGAAGUUGCAAACAAAACCAGCUAUUAUCCAGCGCUUCAAGGCACCCUGUGCUCGUACGUCCGACUUAGUGGCGCCAAUAUUUAUUCACGUUUGUGGUUUACCGUGUUUUUUGCUCCACUUACCUCAUUCGACAUGUUUCCAUCAACAACAGAAUAUCUUGACAGUAAUCGAAAGUUGAGAACGUUCGAGUCUGAUUUUACGAUGAGCACUGCUAAUCUUACAGUUGUAAAUUAUUUGUUCACGAUUAUCUUCCUUGCCAACAUGUUUCUCUUACAUGAACCACAUGUGCAGACGUUCAACAUAAGAAAAGACGAACCCUUUGAACGUCACACAUGA